UCGUCCUAAGAGGGGGUUUUAAAAUAAGUUCUAAUGUUUUCUGAUAGUUAUGAGACUACUGGCACCUUCAAAAUAGUCCAAGAACGUUUAUUAAGAAUUGCCUUAAUUACAUUUGAGGUUGACACAAUAGAAGAAUAUGUUUUAACUAACCGUCUCUCUUACUCCAAUCUACCUAGUAAAAGAGAGGGGGCACAAAUUAAUAUAACGAAAGCAGAAUCACAAUUUGGUUUUUUUCUUGCUCAACGCCUCGAUAAAUUUAAAAAGGAUAAGAAAAAAAAGUUAAAUAAAAAAAAAGGAAAAUUUUAUAACCAACAACAACAAUAUUUAUUGAAUCAAAAGCGUGUAGAAGCUAAAGAAUUCAAGAAAAAGGCUCAGGGACUAAAAUUAUCUAUGAAAAGCAUUGAUAAUGCCCUAACAUUGUUGUCGGAUCGUACCUUCAAAGAUCCAACGCCCUAUAAAGUUGUCAACAAAAAGAAACCGAGCCUUAUAGCUUUUACUCCCAAUGCCGUUUUUCCAGCUUUUCAAAUUAACAAGAGAUUGCUAAACUGUCAAAAUGAAAUUGAAGAGAUGUUCUGCUCACGCGCGAGGUUUAGGAACACGAAAACUUCGUUAUUGAGGACCUGUUUAACACUCCCAGAGAAUUCAUGGCCUAAAUUUGCUAACUCAGGGCUAUUCAUGGAGGUUAUUAAUCGAGAAAAAGACUUAAUAACGUUUCGCUUUCGCCAUAAAAGGGAAUAUGCCGAAAUGCAAAGACGGUUUUUUUCGGCUGUAGUAACUCUUGAUCCUCAAAUUUUUAAAGAAAUACUAUUGGUAAUGCCAUAUCACGUGGAUACUCUGCUACAUUUGUCUGAAUUUUCUCGCGCGCAGAGUAACGAACAAGAUGCUAUUGCCCUCAAUGAUAGGGCUCUUUACACCCUAGAACUCUCGUUACAUGCUUCUUUCAAUUUGGCAACGUCCACUUGCCGCCUCCCGUAUAAAUAUUAUGAAAACAGGGCCAUGCACAUUGCGUUAUUUCGUCGCAUUGACAGCUUAAACCACAAAGUUCUUUACUCCUUGGGGUAUUGCCUUUUAGGUUGCCAUAAGACGGCCUUGGAAACUUGUAAACUACUGCUCUCACUGGAUGAGGGUGACCCAAUGGGAUGCUUACUAAUGCUCGAUUUUUAUGCUAUUAAAGCCAAAUCUUAUCACUUUCUGAAACUCUUUUACGAAACUUGGAAAGAAAAAAAGUCACUUGAUCUACUGCCAAACUUUAAUUAUUCGUUGGCCUUAGCCGAAUUUUUAUUAGAAAAAGAAGAAAUGGCAUCCCAAGAAGUAGCUGAUCUUGAUGCUCUUUCAUCGAGCAAACAGUUGCAACGAGCUCUCUUGCUUUUUCCUGGAGUUGCUUUACCCUUAUUUGAAAAGUGUGGCUUUCGUCUUAAGCGGUCAUGCAGUGACCAUUCCUACUUCAAAAGGCCCGCUCUUCAGGAAACCAGUCAGCACUCUGUCAGGCUCCUUGAAGGUUUAUACGUAAUAAGAGCCCAUUCUCUUUGGGGUACGGGAGAGGUUAUGUCUUGGCUAGAACACAGUCUUCUGAUAGCAGCUACAAUGGUCGACUCGGGGGACCCCAUGGUGAGGGUGCACAAGCGCACUUUGGAAAAGGCUUAUGGCAGCUACGGCUCGCUAACAGUUUAUCGACACGUUGCUAUGACGGGAGCUAAAGAGGCACUCGACCUUCUCCCGCCAUCCGUUCUACAAAAUAAUUCCUUCCGGCCCUUUGACCCACUGACCCCUGCUGAUAGUGUGAACCCGUACGACAAUUCCAACGAGGGUACACCCGGGCCGUCUACACUUUCCUCUCUUUGGAUGUUUUUUCGUUCACUUUGGCCAUCCUAUACUUUGGAGGACGACUAAAAGAAUACUAACUAAAUGAUGUUUGUCUCCCUACCCGAAUAAAUUUUUACUUAUC